GUUGAAAUUUGGACCUGGUUAAGCACAGCUCCUGAUGUAACUGGGGAAAAAAAAGGUGGAAAUAAUAUUUGUCCCCGAACUAUUGAAUGAAUUAAAUUAAAUGGAAUAGGAGUGACAGAGGCUGUGCUGGUUGAUAAGGAAAUCGAGGGGAUUGACGUCAGGAAAAAGAAAUGACCUCUAUAAAUAUGGGAGAGGGUCGGAGCGCACGCAAGAAGAGUUAGUGUGGAAGCACUGCUGCCUGGGAACUGCCAGCAUAAAGUCUAGCGAUGCCCAUUUCCAACAGCUCCACUUCUUCAACGAAAAGCUUCCGCAGGGCAGCCUCUGAACUCGACUCGAAACAGGUGGAAUCCGUGACGUCUCCCAAGUUCGUGGGCAGGCGGCAGAGCCUGAUAGAAGAUGCGAGGAAAGAGCGAGAAGCCGCCGCAACCGCCGCCGCGGAGUCGUCGGACUCCGGCGACCAAAUCGUGUUCGAGGAAGAGGAUGGCAAAGCCAUGCUGAACUUGUUCUUCACCCUCAGGAAUUCCAAAAUUCCCGCCUUGUCCCGCGCAUUGAAGGUUUUCGAGACGUUCGAAGCAAAAAUUCAUCACCUCGAGACCAGACCCAGCAGAAAACCUAAAGACGCUCUGGGAGAGCUGGAAUACUUUGUCCGCUGCGAGGUGCACCUGUCAGACCUCAGCACGCUCAUCAGCUCCGUAAAAAGGAUAUCGGAAGAGGUCAGAACAACCAAAGAGGAGAAAUUUCACUGGUUCCCGAAGAAAAUCGCAGAACUGGACAAAUGCCAUCAUUUGGUAACCAAAUUUGAUCCUGAUCUUGAUCAAGACCAUCCGGGAUACUCAGAUCCCAUAUACAGGCAGCGCAGAAAAGCGAUUGGAGAAAUUGCCUUCAAUUACAAGCACGGUGACCUCAUACCCAGGAUAGAGUACACAGAGGAAGAAAUCGGCACAUGGAAGGAAGUGUACUCCACUCUCCGGAACCUUUACUCCACACAUGCCUGCAGUGAACACCUGGAGGCCUUCAGGCUGCUGGAGAGACACUGUGGCUACAAUGAGAACAACAUUCCGCAGCUGGAGGAUGUGUCACGUUUCCUCAAAGAGAAGACUGGGUUCCAGCUUCGUCCAGUGGCAGGUCUCCUCUCAGCCCGGGACUUCCUGGCCAGCUUGGCAUUCAGAGUGUUCCAGUGCACACAGUAUAUCCGCCAUGCCUCCUCCCCCAUGCAUUCCCCAGAGCCAGACUGCGUACAUGAGCUUCUUGGCCAUGUCCCCAUGCUAGCUGACAAGACAUUCGCCCAGUUUUCUCAGAACAUUGGCCUUGCGUCUUUGGGAGCUUCAGAGGAAGACAUAGAAAAGCUUUCUACACUGUACUGGUUCACUGUGGAGUUUGGACUCUGCAAGCAGGGGGGGGUCAUCAAGGCCUACGGAGCAGGACUGCUGUCAUCAUAUGGAGAGCUUGUGCACUCUCUGUCAAGUGAGCCUGAGCUCAGAGAGUUUGAUCCAGAAGCUGCCGCCAUCCAACCCUACCAGGACCAGAUGUACCAGCCAGUGUACUUUGUGUCAGAGAGCUUUGCAGAUGCCAAGGAGAAGCUCAGGGCUUACGUGGCAGGCAUUAAGAGACCAUUUUCUGUGAGGUUUGACCCAUACACCUACAGCAUAGAGGUUUUGGACAAUCCCCUGAAAAUCAAGAGCGGGCUGGAAUCUGCGAGGGAUGAACUGCGUGUUCUCACGGAUGCACUCAACAUCCUGGGAUAGUGCAUUGCCCAACACACUGGCUUUUCCUCCAUUUGCAUUUUGAUGUGUUUGAUGUGUCUGCUUCUCUGUGCACUGAUGCUGCUGUGCUCAAAAUGGCAGUGAAACACCUCACUCUUUCAAUUAUUUCCAGGCCCCUGUUGCAUUAUCCUGUUACUUCCGCAAAGGUUGUUUUUUUAGUUUAAACUUAAAAAAUUAUCAAAUUAGCACUCUUAUACAAACCCACAACUGAAGAGUAUUUGAUUGAUCAUCCGUCAGAAUUUUUGUGACUCAUGAAUGUAUUGUAGUUUUCCAGACCAUGGGAAAGUUCUGCAUCAUGGUGAAUUUGUGAUUAUGUAAGAUGAAGUAAAGAAUUAAAAAAGGAGCUGCCAAUUAGAAAAGUUAGUUUUUCUAUGUUUACUUUCUUAAUUGCAAACCUGGCAUAUUGAGAAAUAUAUUUUAGUGGACAAAUCUUAAGAUGUUCUUAUUUGAUUUUAUUGUCACAGAAAAGUGAGAUUAAUGUGUCAAAAUGACUUAUAAAAUGUAUUAUACAGUAUAAUAUUUAAGCUUUGCUUUGGAGAAAGUUCAAAAUGCUGCGUCUGUAAAAAAAUAAAACAUGCUGUGUGGUACUGUACGGUGCAGAUUCUAAUAAUUUUAAACCUUAUUUUUUAUAGAUCAUUUCUUUUUUGACAAUUAAAUAUUCAUUGCACACUCUGUAAAAUGCUCACAAUGUGUAAUAAAAAAUGUCAUAU